UCAGAGCAACAAUUAGCAGAAGAAAAAUUACAAGCCAAUGUUGAAAUACCUACUAGCAAUAAAAAUAUGGCAAAUAAUCAAAUUGAAUUUAACAACGAAUACAAUAAGGAAACAAAAGAAAUAAAAAUUGAAACUGAAGAUUUUGCAGAAGAACAAUUAAUUAUUAAAGAUUAUCCUAAUUUAGAAAAGUUAUAUUUUCUGAAAGAGUUAGUAAUUGAAAAUUGUCCUCAAAUAAAAGUAUUAAAUGUUCGUCAAAAUAAUUUGGCCAACUUGGAAUUUUUGAAAGGUUUAGGGAAUUUAGAAACGUUAGAAAUAGAUGGUAAUCCUGAACUAAUUAAGAUGUUAGAGCCUUAUAGAAAAAUAAUUCAAAAAUCGAAUGAAAAU